GGGCAGAGCAGAAGAAUCUUCUGGAAGGGUGUUACGAGCGGACUCGGGAGGUGGGGGUCCGUGCGGAAAGAACAGACGGAUUUUUUUUCCUCUCCUGGCGAAUGAGGAGCGCCCCCUGCCACCCCUCCUCCUCAACAGCGCCCUCCCCACCAAGCGCGCAUGCGCACUCAGAUGGCAGGAGGGUACACGGCCACCAGGGCUGCGGCAGUGCGCCCAACAGCGGACUCCGAGACCGGUAGACCUCAGCGAACCCUCGCUCUCCACCACCCACUCUCAGAACCAUGGCCGCAGUGACAGCAGCUUCAGCAGAACUGCUAAUCAUCGGCUGGUACAUCUUCCGCGUGCUGCUGCAGGUGUUCCUGGAAUGCUGCAUUUACUGGGUAGGAUUCACUUUUCGAAAUCCUCCAGGGACACAGCCCACUGCAAGAAGUGAGGUGUUCAGGUACUCCCUGCAGAAGCUGGCACACACAGUGUCCCGGACCGGGCGGCAGGUGCUGGGGGAGCGCAGGCAGCAAGCCCCCAACUGAGGCCCCAGAUCCCAGCCCUGGGCGGCCAUGUCAUCAGGUGCUCCUAUGCUUCUCGACCAGCAUGGGAGCCAGUGCCGCGCAGUAAUGGGGGGUCCCCUGUGCUCCCUCGUCAGAGGAACACUUGCCAAGGUCAGUGAGGGGCCGGUAGGCCCCUGGAGAAGCAGCACCGACAGUAAUGAAGAUAUCCGUUCCCUUCCCAACCCUUUUGACCCUGUCCCACUACGGGAGGGUGGGAGAGGAGGGGGAAGAGGGGAGCAAAUCCUCGCGAUCUGGGUGUAUGCACCACGGUCUGAUCUGAACCAAGUCGUAACAGCACCGUCUCAGCCACACGACAGAUCCUACCACAGAGAUCCAACACCCCAACAACCAGCAGAAUGGACAUUCUGACAUCACCAGCUGAAGCCCUGAAUCUCAGAGAAAACAUCAACUGCAUGCUGCGUGGUGGGACUGGAGCUUAUGGGUGGGGGAGGAAGUGGGUUAAGAAAUUCAGUGGGGCUCUCUUGCUGUCCCUUGCCUAUGGCACGCCUAUUUCUGCCUUGAUCCCUCAUUCCCCCUUUCAAUCCGGCCUUCCAAACCCCUCCCCAAAAUGUGUCACCUGAUUCGGCCCUAUUUAACUAGUAACUGAAUCCCACCUUCACCAGAACACCUUCUCUGACCCCUGGGCCUUCACUGAUCUUGCUGUCCCUGGUCUCACGCAGCAGUCGAGGUCAAUAUUGUGGUAGUCGCUAACUGUACUGGUUUACAUGUGCAUUAGUUGUGUCUCCCCAGCUAGAUUGUAAGCUCCUGGAGAUCAGGGACCACCUCCACAAAAAAUAAAAAAUCACCUCUCCUGUCUUGUACAGUCGUUAGAACCAUGCAGGGCAGUGGGGUGCACCAAAAAGUUCCUUUGUGGCUUCUUUUGUGACAGCGUCACACGUCUCUAAAGCUGGGCAAGGUAUCUAUUGUACACCACUUG